UAUAAAAAGUGCCUUGUUCUUGUAUUAGCUGCUUUAAUACAUGUUAUGUGAAUCCAAAGUAGAUAAACGAACACAAAAAAGAUGAGCUACUACUAUACCUGUGUGAUGCUGCUGCUUCUCUGCUUUGUCUUGUUGCUUGUAUCUCCUAGUCCUACAUUUGGAAAGGACAAUCUGCAGUUCAAGUUAUCAACCAGAGAUGAUGAACUUGUACAAAUGGCUGGCUAUGGAGAGGAGAAGCUAUCUACAAUUCUUGUCACAGGGUCAGUUAUUUGUGAGGCCAGUUUUGAUGGUGCAGGGGACCAACCUCAUCCAUGGCCAAUACAAGGAGUUUCGGUUGCUGUGAACUGCCACUUUCAUGCCAUCAAGAGGAAAGGAAAAUCAAUGGUAGCAAGAGGGGUUACUGAUGAAUUUGGAGACUUCAUUGUCGACCUCCCUUCCCACCUUCAUGCUAUUCACAACUUGGAAAAGAUAUGCAGAGUGAAAAUUCUUCGAAUUCCAAAGGGAUCACAGUGCUGGCCAGCUCAUUCUAAGAGACACAAGGGCCUCACACUGCUAACCUUCGAAAAUGGCACCCGCAUUUAUAAUGCCGGAAACAUAGCAUUCCGGCAUUCAACAUCUAAACCAUAGCAUACAGCCGUGCAGAUGGGAUAAUGGAAUAGAGAAGAAGAGAUUAGAGACAGUAUAUAGGUUUCAUAAUUAUGUCAAUAUGGUGCAUUUAGUCACAGCGUUGAGUUGCAUGAAUUUUACCCACCUCCCACACAAAAAAUCAGAGAAUUAUGAUCACUUUGUAAAAUAUGUAGGUGAAAUUUGAGAGUUGCUUGAGAUGCAUUUGUCAUUUGUGUGAAUACCAAUAUACAACUAGAAUUUGGUCA